GUAUUCGUCCAUGGGAGAAGAGCAGAAGCAGCUGAUUAAAGAGUACUGGGGUGAUGUCACAGGAGUGUCCUGUCCUCACUGCGGCAAGGAGAAGUACUGUAGUAAGGCCUGCAUGAAUGAGGCUUGGGAUGUUUAUCACAGAGCUAUCUGUCCCAAUUUCAACCCAGCAGCCAGUCAGUUAUAUGCCUUGAUUGAAAACAAUGGCUUUGGCAAUACUAAAGAUGGAGAAUGGAUCGAGCUUUGGGGCGGCCAUUACAGUCCAAUGAUCUUAGCAAAAAUCUGGGCAACAAUAGUAUCACAAGUCAGGAGUCAAAUGGAGGCAGAUGGAUCAACAGCUCCAUCAGUUGAACACUGGGCUCGAGCAAAGGCACCAUUCAGAAGUUAUCUUUCUACAGAUUCAUUGCUUUUGGAACAACACCAGCUAUCAAACGUAUGCCUCACAUGCUUGCCUUCUUCCAGUCUGUUUUUCGCUGACUGUGGUGGCGGCCUAGGCUACCCAAUCACCGAGGAUGAGUUUAAUGGACGCUAUUAUCAAGCUGCUUGCAACCUGCAGUGUUUUUCUCCUUCUAUCACUCCAUACCACAGGUUCAUGGACAGCAUCAAAGACGAUAUGAGAGCAAUUGGCAUGAUUAAAUAUCUGAAUGACAGACCACCUGAGGCUCAGUUUGCAGCUAUGUGUCCUUUGCAUGCCUGCAGCAAUCACUCAUGUUACAACAACGCAGAAGUCUGUGACCUUGACAUAAAUGGACGACCUGGCAUACAGAUGAUUGCAAGAAGAGAUAUUAAGAAAGGAGAGGAGAUUUACAUAACAUACAUCGACACGUCCAUGCCCAAGCUUUUGCGCAAAGCUUGGUUAUACAAAUCUUUCAACUUCUGGUGCCAGUGCCAAAGAUGCCAGUUUGAAGGGGAGCAGCCAAACGAAUGCACUAACUGUCACAAGAAAGCUGAAGAGGGUAAAAAAUUUGCUGCCUGCGGAAAAUGUAAAAAAGCUUGGUACUGUGGUGUCGCUUGCCAGAAAGAAGCAUGGAAGAAAGGCCACAAGAUUAUUUGCUUAGCUGGACACUCACAGAGAAUUUUAAAACAACUGGUGUUUGAUUAUAUGCCAGGAACAGGUACCGUGUUCACGCAAGAAUACAUACAGUUCAACCGUCUCAACAGCAUUUUUUGUGAAUAA